AUGGCGAAAAACACCAUUUGGGUGCAUUUGUGGCAAUUUUUGAAAACAGAUUCAAGAUCAGCGGGUUCGAAUCUAUAUGUGUACCAAAUUGCACAAAAAGUUCAACACCUACUCUCAUGCAUUUCCCUUGUAAGUGUUAUUAAUUGGUACAUUUUUUAAUUUUCUUAUGUAGAAGUUUCAGGCUUUCGAAGAAGAAGAUGUUUCGUUUGGACAGGAAAUUCAAAGAUAUCAACAACUUUUCACGGAACGGGCCAGUCAAGUUAGUUUAUUUUGAGGUUUGGGGGGGAGCAAAACUAAUAUGUGAGAUUAGAGCUUCAUUGGAACAUAUUGGGUAAAGUUUUUGUUCAAAAUAAUUAUGUUUAAAUCAUCAGGUGAAGCUUUGAAUUAAACUUGAUGGUAUAGGAUUUUCUUGAGACUCAUUUGACCAAACUUUUCCUCGUUAAUUUUUCCGAUAUUUCCACCAUUUCUCUGACGCUUUUCCUGUAAUAUAGAAAUUAGCAAAUUAUAUAAAGUAAACCAAAAGUAAUGAAACUCAAGAAAGUACAUUUUUCCAUAAAAUAGCUUUUUGAGCACCAGUUUUUGUAUAAAACUAUCAAUAAUCAACUGAAAUUAUAUUACUUGUUCUAGGAAAAAAGGUAAAUAUGAAUUUAACAACAAGUUACAUUCAAAUUCAUGAAAAAACAAAAAAAAAUACGCGAAUGAAAAAUUUUCGAAAAACAAAACCAAGUCAACCGUCCGCGAGCCGGCAGACGGCCGUCGAAUUCUGAUACUAAUUUGUCAGUUUGCUAGCUCGCAGACAGCGCCUGCUAGGUUCUGCCAGCUAGCAACCUCGCGGCGAGCUGUCGAAAUGCCUCUGCUAGCUUUCGAUAGCUCGCAACCUCGCGGACAGCUGACGAGACGUUUUCUGAGAUUGAUAAAAAUUGCAUGUCUCGCACUCACUCAAAAAUUUGUGUGUUUUGUCGUUGCUGUUUUAUUAAUCAGACUAAAAUGGUGUGGAUCUUCACUCAUUUCCCAUUUCGCAAGGCAAUUUUUCUGACAAUCUACAAAAUUCAUCUUCGUUUUGUUCAUCUGUCCCAGUGUUUUUUUUUUCAUCAAGUUUAUCAGUUGUGUUUUGAUGGAUUUCUCUUCCACUUUAUCACAUGGAAAAAAAUAAAACAUUUUUUGCUGCUGUGCAGUGUUUGCAGAUUCAAAUACGCAGGCGGAAAAGGGGUGAGAGACGCAGAAGAAUGUUCUAGAAUUCGAACAUUUUUCAAAGGAAAAUAAAAAGUGCGCCGCAAAAUUGCAGUUUUGAGAGAGAAAAAGAGGGCGGAGUCGAGGGUCAGCGUGCGGUCAGAGAGUUUCGGUCGUAAUUUCACGUCAAAAGCAAAUUUUUCUCAUUUUUUUCUAUGUGCUUUAUAAAUAAAUACAAAUAAAUGCAAUAUUUCUUUGUAAUCAACGGGGUUCACCAAUCCAUUCCAACUUAAAAAAGUCGUAAGAAUAUUAUUUCUCCCGAAAAUAAGCCCUAGAGGUUCGUUAUUAUUCGCAUGGAAAUUUUGCCAGGAUUUUUUUUCGAAUGAGGACUUGAAUGAUUUGUUUGUUCACUAAGCCUAAGUUAUAAAUGACAGGAAAGUUGAAAAUCAUUUUUUGACUUUAGAAGUCCGUAUUUUGAGCUCAGGCUUAGUUAAAUGUCUGUAUAUUAGGCUCCCCCAUUUGAACAUGUGUUACGGGCUGCCACAUUUUUCAUUGAUAAUAGAAAUGGAGCACUUUAAUGAUCGCUUGAACAAAAAUAAAAAGUUCAAUUUAAAUUCCGGAAGUCAUUUUCCAAUUAAUUCAUUGGCUCAGACCCAAAAUGGGUAUCGUCAAUCUCUCGUCAGAAACACGGAUUAGUUGUCAUCACUGCCGCCUUUUCUUCUCUUCUCUUCAGUGUCUAUCUGUUUGUAGUGCGACACUUCGCUGGUUUGACCGAGCGCUAUCGUUUGUGUGUUGCGAAGCUCCGCCCACUUUGCAAUGUGAGUUUUUUUGUGAGCGUUUCUGAUAUUUUAAGGAAAAAAUAUAAUGAAAACAGUUUUAUUUUCAUCUUGUUAUGCGAAAUACACACAAUAUCAAGCGCACUAACUUAUAUAAUUCAAGAAACGUGCAUUUCAAUGUUUAAAAGUGGAGUCCGUGAAAAAAUUAAGUUGUGCUUAAAAAUUACAAAGUUUGAAAAAUCAGUGAAAUACCGUGUAAGAUGGCUGUAAAAGUGUAAAAGUCCAUAAGUCCUGUAGCUUGGAUUUAAUGUUUGAGAAGCUUCCAGAAAAAUCCUUCUAGGAUUGUACUAAUUAGAACAUGCUCUUUCAAAUAAGCACAACUUAAUUUUUGCUCGGGAUCCACCUUUAACGUGUAAAAUCGGCGUAAAAUGGUAAUGACUGAAAAAAAAGAAGCAUCGCAUUAAAAUGUCUAAUAUCAUUAAAAACAUUAAAUGUUCUAUGGAACUUAUAUAAUUCGAGAAACCUACAUUUCGCGGGUUGUGCGAGGAGCAAUGCUUAACAUGUAAAAUGGGUGUGGCUUAUCGCCUAUUUCCAGUUUUUGUUAUUUUCAUGAUAUAUAGUGGUCUGUGAUCACAAAAACUUUUAGGCCAAUUGAUCAUUUUUGAGAAACUUACUGAAAAUUACACUUGAAACAUACUUCAUCGAAUCAAUAAUGCGAUCUCAAAUAAGAAAUAAUUGUUCAGAUACAUUUUAGUGCAACCGAUUCUAUAAAAUUCAUGGAACUUUGUAAGGUCGAUUUCAUAAAUUCUCCGCGUCCGAUAAAUUUUUUCAGGUUACUGUAAUUUUAAUAAUAAUAAUAAGUUUAUUUAUAAGUCAUAAAAAUUACACUCGUCAUGUAAACCAGUGAAUUUCCACAAAUAUAUACACAACAUUCAGAUUUUUUUUAAAUUUAACGUUUUAAAUUUAAUAGAACUACAGCUUCAUUUUUUUCAAGCCAGAAAAAGUUUCAAAUUUUCCUCUUUCUGCUCAGAUUUUCUGCUUCAAAUAUUCUCAUAUUUCACGCGAUUGAUAUAUGAUAUACAAGGCUUAUUUCUUUUUUCUUUUCUCUCAACUCUCUUUUUAAUGAGAACUUCUGUUGAUUUCAUUAUUUAUCGUCUUCUUCGCAAAGGUUUCAUGUUUUCCUUGUUUAACAAGAUAAAAAAUUGUUGUCUGGUUUGGUUUGGACCAAGAAAAGAAGAGAAGGCACUUAGUUCAAUUCUUCUCGCCAGCAAAAAUUGAAUUUAGGGUGCGCGCCGAUUUUCGUUUUUUUGCAUCAAAAAGACUACAACUGGUAUAAUAUAUAUUUGACCAGAGCAUCAAAAGCAAAAAGGAUUUGACAUUAAAAUAUUUUCGGAACUCAUUUUUCAUUUUAUUUCAUUCCAUUUGAGCUUUUUCAAAAAUAAAAAAGAAAAUCAUCGGGACCACAUUUCUCAUCAUUUUUCUCUCUUUUUUCCUUUUUUUCUCGUAUAUCGAUUGUCUCUGUCGUCUCUUCAUAUUCAAAUACUAUUUCGUUUUGCUUCAGUGAAAGACCCCUUCAUCCGUGUGCUUUUUUUCUGCUCCUUUCCUUCGCAUUUUCCUCAGCUUCACAUACUUACCACUUCAUUUUUCCGGAAUUUUUGUUUUGCUGCUGAUGUCUUUCUUUUCUCUUCUUCUUCUUCUUCUAAUAAUAAAUAAACAAUACAAUUUGGGAAUAAACAAGCUGAAAUAUUGUUUUGUUAUGUUUUUUCUAAAAGUAAUGAAGGAUGGGUACUGUAUUUUUAAAGAAUCCUUUUUUGUUAAGUUAUGAGACCAAAAUUUGAAAAACUAAAAAAAUAGAGCUAGGAUCCUGAAAUAAUUGUCUGAUGGUCAUCUAGAUCUUCUUGGUCUAGUUCAUUGAUGUUCAUCUGAAGACUUUUCAAUUUGAAACUUUUUUCUAAAUCCAAUUUACUGAGAACAUCUAAUCCACCCCAACCCUUCAUUUUUUUUACAAUUUUUUCGUUGCAACUCUUUUUUUCACGAAAAAUGUUUCCCUGUCAAUCAUCAUUUUUUUUGUUGUUUUUUUACUCAACGCGUUCUGAUGAUUUGCCUAUUAAUUCUAUAAGAUAAUAAAUGUGAGAAUUCUGCACUUUUCUUGAAAAUAAAAGUAUUGUAUCGGAAGAAUCGGAAAAGAAUAUAUUUUGUGUGUGCAUAUAAGCUGUCACUCAUAAAUCAAGAAUAAACCAUAAAUGUCUUUUGGGCUCAAAACAUGUGCACAUAUAAUCUAGGCGCUUUUUGACAAGAGACGACCAAUCUUUUUCGUUUCAAAAUUUCAAAGUUUUUCUAAUGUUUUGCGAUAUCAUUUUACAGCCAGACAUUCAUUAGCAAAUACAUUUUUCAUGAUCCAAUUAAUCAACAGCUCAUCUGCUCUCUCAAAACUUUUAUCUCUUUUUUCUCACUUUUUCUUUUUUUUCAAGUAGAUUUUUUGCUGCUAUUGCUGUAAUAUUUUCUCACUCAUUCAUUUCGAUUUUUGUGCUCAUCAUCGUUGUUCCCGUGCACUUUUUUCAUCGAAAAUUCCCCAAGGAAGCACCUGUUUUUUGAAUUAUUUGUAGAUACAUUGAAAUUUAAUUUAUUGUCAAUUUACCCCCAAAAUUCUAUUUCUUCUUCAUUUCGCUUUCUUCUUGAAAACUUUGUUCAAAACCAGUGCAUUUCCCAAGAGACAUCGAUUUGUGCCCAAUUUUUUCGCUUUCCAAGCGAACUCGUUCGCAUUUUUUUUUUGGAGAAUUGCACAUUUUGUGCUUUUAGAAACUCUUCUAUUGAUCUUGAAAUUUUUGAGUACUGUAGCUCAAAUAAAUUUUGGAGAAAUAAACUUGAUAGUGUUGAUAAAUAAAAAUUGAGGCAUUCGUGUCUUAACACCAAAAAAUUAGUUUGAUGGAUUGAUCACCUUUCAGAGCACACGCGAUAUAUCAUCACAUAUCUUUUUCUCGCAACAUUUAUUAUCUCAACACACACACCAAAUGUUUUUCUUUAUUUUUUUGCUCAACUUUUACUCUUCAUUUUUUUUUUCGUUGCUUUGAUCUAUCUACUUUUGACAUCUAUACUGAUUUCACAGAUGCGAUAGGAGAAGAAAACGGAAAUAUCGAGUAGAAACUAAAAUUGCGCUAUCAACAAAUAUCUUUAGCCUGAAUGUUCAUUAGAUUUGGUUCGAAGGUUGGUUUGAACUUCAAUAAAUAAUUCAUCGAACAAAUUGAUCAUUUUCAGGUCAAUGGGUGUUUUUGUGUGUCGCGACAACUUCACUAUCAGUAUCAUCUCAAAACGACGAUCAAUGGGACAGCGACAAGCCAAGCAACAUAUGCAAGUGAGUUUGAACACCGAACACUUGUUUAGAUGAGUGAGAUGAAUUAUUUCAAAUGGAAGAGAAUUUUCGAAAAAGUAUAAUUCCAAAAACAAUGUCUAGGAAAAAACUCUGUAUCAAAAAAAAAUAGGAUUACCGGGUUUUUUCCUGUUCAAUUAGAGACGCUCCCCGUUUUUCACCCCUUAUUCAAUACAAUUGCUUCAGUCUGGCGUCAAAUUGUAUCAUCAAAGACAUUACGCACAAGCAAUCAAUAAAUGGAGACAGUCAUUAAAUAGGCUAAAGUAAGUAUCACAAUUCAUCACUAAUUCACCUUCCCUCCUCUUUCUUUCCAGUAAUGUCGAAGACCGUUUCAUAACUCUCGGUUAUUUGGCUCAAGCACUUUGUGAUCAGGGAGAAUAUGAAGGUAUGCUAUCAUAUGCUCUGGCUCAAAUGCAAUUGGCAACUGAUCAAAAUGAUUCCGCAAUGAAGUGUGAAGCAUUUUUGAAUCUUGCAAAAGCAUAUGAACGACUCGCUGAUUUUACAAAAGCGUUACAAUAUGGUAAAGCUUCUCUAGAACAUCCAUCAAUGGAUCCACGAACACCUGGAUAUGCACAUUUAAGUGAGUUCAACAAAAAUCCAAUGCAAAUUAUAAUAUUUGUUUAUUUUCAGCGAUAGCAUUAGCACAUCUUGGAAUGUCACAAUUCCAACAAUGUUUAGAAUGUUUUGAAUCUGCAAUGAAUGUUGCAAAUGAAACAUCUGAUCGAUUACUUGAACUUCAAAUAUGUGUUGGUCUCGGCUCUCUUUUUACACUUCUUCGAGAUAUUACAAAAGCUCUUAUAUUUUUGAGAAAUGCUCUAGCAAUUGUUCAAAGUGUUACUGUAGAUGAUGUUCAUGCGAAAUAUCGUUGUUUGAUCCUUUAUCAUUUAUCAGUUGCACUUCGAAUAAAAAGGAAGUUUAGUUGAUGCAAAAGAAGCGUGUGAUGAAGCAUCGCAAUUAGCAACUGAAAUGGGAAAUCGAGCAAUUCAUGCAAGAUGUAUGUGUAGUUUGGCUGAUAUUUAUCGAGAAUUAGGAGAAAGUGAAGCAAAGGAAACUAUUACUGUAAGUUUUCAAUUAUUUCAUUUGAUUCAACUUUAUUUUUUAAUAUUUUCUUCAGAAAUCCUGGGCAAGAUAUGAAGAUGCUUAUCGAGUUAUGCGAGGAUCUAAUGAUCGUAUGGGUGAAGUAUUAGUUCUUUCUUCAAUGGCGAAAUCUGCAUCGGAGAGUCGAUCUCAUUAUACUGGACAAUGCGAAUGUCAGGCGAUACAAUUGAAUAAAAAAUGUAUUGAAAUUGCUAAUCAAAUUGGAUGUAAAGUAAGUUGAGAGGAUUUUUCGAAAUGGGAUAAACUUAUUUUUUCAGCAUGUUGUAUUGAAAUGUCAUCUUCGAUUGGCUGAAUUAUAUUCGCAAUUAAAUGAUGAUGAUUCUGAAGAAACAGCAAGACGUGCAGCCAGUCGAUUGACACAAGAAAUGCAAUUAUUUUGUAAUUUCUGUGGACAACGAUACGGUUUGAAAGACGAAAGUUUGCAAGCUCUUCGAUGUUCACAUAUUUUCCAUGAAAAAUGUCUGCAUACUUAUUUAAUGCAAAGAUCUGAUCAAACUUGUCCAAAAUGUCGAUGUCGAGCUGUUCUAUCGGAUAAUAUUUCAGUUCGAUCUUCAAUCGCUUCAACAAUUGAUAUUCAAACACCUUCAAGUGAGACUUUACAAUUAUUUUUUCUCACUUCGAAUAUCUCAGAUUACAUAAGUAUUUUCAGCUUCGUUUGCACCACCUGGCGGUGUUCCAACUCCUUUAGUUCACGCGGCUGCUGAGCUUGGAGAUAUAACACCUCAAGCAACAUUGAAUCGUCGACAACCUGAUAAAAUCCUGAGGUUGGAAAUUAGUCAUCGAAAUUUAGACAGAACAUAGAGAUAUUUUUGCAGAGGUGCUGAAAAAGAUAUUGAUCGAGUUGAUAGAAGUUUAGCCCGGCUUCGAAGUCAGAGUCAAAGUCAAGAAAAAGGUUCUGUAGACCAUGUGUCAAACCAUUCUGGUGCAUCUUGUUCAACAAAACCACCACCUCCUCCAAGGAAACCUUGCUGUUCAGAGGUAUUUUGAAAAAUUAUCGAAAUAAUGAAUAUAAAAAUGAAAAUUUAAUUGUUUAGUCUGCACUUCCACCAUCCUCAAUAGUGGCUCUUCCACCAGCAAUGCCACUUGCAGAAGAUGGUCCUCUUGUUAUAACCCACACACCUACAGUAACCGAUGUUUAG